CCUGAAACUCGGUAGAAAAAGGUUUCAGGCUACGUCAACACGCAACAUGGACGUGGAAGCAUUUCCGGAUUUUAUAAAGCUCAAUUCGAUAGAUCGCCACCGGAGACCUUCUAUGCCGCAGAAUAGAAUCGCAAAUGAAGAACCCACAAAGUCCGCGAGGCCACCAGGUGUAACGGACAUGCAAAAUUUGGAGAAGAGGUAUCCUCACAUUACACAAAAGAUGGCGGACCUAUCAAGUCUACAGUUGUUCAGAAGAUUCAAGCGGACGAGAAUGCGUCUGAUUCUUGCAAAGCAAGAUCAGGUAGCUCGAUUAGAAAGUGAACUUGAUAAAAUCGAUGAAGAGGAACCAAAUGAAAUUAAUUUAGGUUGUCUUCGGGAGGACCGCAGAGAAGAGCGGUGGAAGAAGCUGCGAGAGCUGGAGCGUGCGCUCUCAGAAUACGACAAUCUUGUCGAAAAAGCCCACUGGGCUCUAAGUAUGCCAGAUGUUAACGAAAAGCAAAAUCAAAGUCUCAGACACUUCGUCGGAGACUCCGGUUUGAUUUCCUGGAAAGAGUCAGAAUACACGAGACAAUCAACAAGAGAGUUGAUGUAUAUUGGAGUAGUACGAGACCGUGGGAUGGAAAAAAUUACUACUGUAGCUAAAUCGAUUGUUGAAGCCAUGUACGGACUGUAUGAUAAGAAUAUGGGAGAGUAAGAGGAAUUUUACGUCCCGAAGCGUGUAAUCCGUCGUGUUGCUCGCAGUUUAACGGC